AUGGCCUCCCAAAUGCCCCACAAGAUCGAUGUCCACUCUCACUUCCUUCCGCCAUUCUAUCAAGAAGCCUGCCGCCGGAGUGGCCACGCAAACCCAGACGGAAUGCCCUAUCUCCCCGACUGGAGCCCCGAACAACAUCUCGAACUCAUGGACACCCUCGGCAUCUCCAAGUCCAUCCUCUCCAUUUCCUCCCCGGGAACCCACUUGGUCCCCGGCAACGACGAAUCAGGCCGCAAACUGGCCCGAGACUGCAAUGCCUACGCAGCAGAUCUCAAAUCUCGAACGCCCGACCGCUUUGGCUAUUUCGCCUCGCUCCCCAUUCCCGAUGUCCAAGGCUGUCUGGAGGAGAUGGCGCGAGCGUCCGCGGAGGGUUGCGACGGUUUCGUCCUCGAGACCAAUUGUCACGGCCACUAUCUCGGCGACGAGCUCUUCGACCCCAUCUUCGAUGAGCUGAAUCUUCGACGGGCUUUGCUUUUCAUCCAUCCGACAACGCCCAUGUGUCCUUGCUCGGCGGAGGAGCUGGCGGCCGGGAGACAACCCACCACGGCUGCGCCCUUCCAUGGCAGGCUACCCAAUCCGAUGCUGGAAUUCUUCUUCGACACGGCGCGCGUGGUCAGCAACUUGUUCAUGUCGGGGACCAUGAGACGAUGUCCCGACCUUAAGAUCAUCUUGCCUCACUUGGGCGGGGCUUUCCCGCCACUCCUGUCUCGAUGGACAGGAUUUUCGGCUCUGGUGCCGGGGCCAUGGCAAGGUGUGCCGGAAGAAGAAGUCAAAAAGGCUUUUGAGAGGCAAAUCUGGUUCGACAUGGCCGGAUUCGUGAUGCCGACUCAGAUUCGGAGCCUCCUGUACGGUGUUGGCGUAUCCCAUUCGCGGCUGAUGUACGGAAGCGAUUUCCCGUUCACGAGGCCGAAUGGCGUCGAACUGCUACUGGGCCAGAUGGACAGCGGGGCGAAGGAGCUCUUCGAUGAAGAGCAGAUUCGGGAUGUCUAUCAUCGGAACGCCCAGAAUCUUUUGGGCAUGGAAUGA